AUGCCCGUGUCGAUUGGCGACGAUUAUUACUCGUACUCGCCGCGGCCCUUUGUCGUGGCGUCGGCUGCAGUUGCCCUUCCUGCCUUAUCGUCCCCGGCGCCUGCGCCUGUGGAGAUGUCUCCUCUUCCCGCACCGUCAUCCGUGACUCAGGCUGGCCUCGUCCCCGCGCCUGCUGCGCUGCUUGCUCCCGCCGGGCCGUCGUUGUCGGCGCCUGGUGUGGCGCCUUGUCAUGCGCCGGGCUCGUCACCUGCUCCCGCGCUCGCCCCGGCGUCUGAUCCUGCCCUUGUCCCUGAGCCUGUUGCGGCGUCUGAUCCUGUGCAUUCUCCUGCGCCUGUGCCGGUGGUUCCACCUGCCCCUGUGGGGGCGUCCGCGCCCGUGCUUGGGGUUGCGGCGGCGUCUGCUGCUGUUGGAGGCGCUUCCUCGCCGCCACUGGUCGCGCCUGCCGUGGCGCCUUCUGCUGCUGCUUGUGCGGUCCCGACGUACCAGCCGCCUCCAGCCACCAGCGCCGGCCUGAGUUCGGCGGAGGUUCAGUCGGCUCGCGCGUCGCCUCCGGAUGCUCCCGCCCCUCCGCCUGCGGCGGCGACUGUGCCAUGA